AUGACGUUCUACGGCGCGAAGUCUCAUGCCUACCGACGCCAGCUCCUCGAGGGGGUAUCACUCCACUCCAGAGGUGACCUUAUUGUCAAGCUCUUUGGGGAGGGUGUGGAGGUUCCCUUGCAGCCUCUCCCACAGUUGGGUGAACAUGGUGCCCUUGUCUUUCCCAAGGAGGACGAAGUUCGUACCGACCUGGCGAAGCAGUCAGGCAUGAUAACCCGGAUGGAGCUCGGGGGUUACGUUGUGUGUGCGGCGGUCAUGGGUCUGGCACGGUCGCUUGGCAUUUCAGAGGAUCAACUGUUAAGUGGAGCGGCCCACGAGCUACAGAUACAUGGGACGCCUCUGCUGGCGCUGUCCACGUCAAAGAACCACGUGGAUCACGCUGCAUCGAUGCGGACGCUCGGCAUCACCAUCCAUCCGAUCCCCUGCCCGCUUCCGGUGCCAUCGUACGCUCCUGCGCAUAUCGAUGGGGCAUCUACCUUUCAUAGGGACCCGUCACCAACAGAGGACCAGCCCAUGAAGGAGGAGCCGGAUCAUCCAACAGCUCCUGUGACUCCGGCAGCAUCAGGGAGCCUCUCGCGCACUCCCAGGCUGGGAGCGUAUACCAUGGAGGACGAUGCGGCGUAUGCGUAUGCAGCGGCAACAUAUGUGAUCAGGCGCAAGGACCACAUCCCGCACACGAAGGAGCUGUCUGACGUGGAGAAGGCAUUCCUUCUCGGGUGUGUUCGCGACGACGUGAGGCAUCUUGUCAAGGCAUGGAUGUGGUGGAGGUGGCGUCAGUGGAGGACAGCAAUGGCAGAGCUGGGCAUUGCUCCUGGUACUCCCUUCCCCCUCGAUAACACUGGCGCUCGCUCGCGCGACAACAUCAGUGGUGAUGACGACGGGGACGACAGGAUGGUACAUGAGGUGGAGGCUGAGGACGAGGAGAUGCCAUAG